GGGGCGCUGCGCCCCCGGGUCGCCAUGGGCCGCCCCGCCGCCGCCGCCCGCGGGGCUCCGCCGCCGCUGCUGCUGUCGCUGCUGCUGUCGCUGCUGCCGCCGCUGGGGAGCGCCGCCGCCGAGCCGCGCCAGGUGUUCCAGGUGCUGGAGGAGCAGCCGCCCGGCACCUGGGUGGGCACCAUCGCCACCCGGCCCGGCUUCACCUACCGCCUGAGCGAGCACCACGACCUGUUCGCCAUCAACGCCACCUCGGGCGCCCUGCACACCCGCGCCACCAUCGACCGCGAGAGCCUGGCCAGCGACGUGGUGGACCUGGUGGUGCUCUCCAGCCAGCCCACCUACCCCAGCGAGGUGCGCGUCCUGGUGCUCGACCUCAAUGACAACGCGCCCGUCUUCCCCGACCCGUCCAUCGUGGUGACUUUCAAGGAGGACACGGGCAGCGGGCGCCAGCUUAUCCUGGACACAGCCACCGAUGCCGACAGUGGCACCAAUGGUGUAGACCACGGCUCCUAUCGGAUUGUGGCCGGCAAUGAGGAGGGCCGCUUCCGCCUCAACAUCACCCUCAACCCCAGCGGUGAAGGAGCUUUCUUGCACCUGGUUUCCCGUGGAGGGCUGGACCGGGAGGCCACCCCCACCUACCAGCUGUUGGUGCAGGUGGAGGACAAGGGGGAGCCCCGUCGGCGAGGGUACCUGCAGGUCAACGUCACUGUCCAGGACAUCAAUGACAACCCCCCCAUCUUCAGCCAGACGCUUUACCAGGCACGAGUGCCUGAGGAUGCACCUGUUGGGGCCAGUGUUCUCCAGGUCACUGCAGCUGAUGCUGAUGAAGGCACCAAUGCUGACAUUCGCUACCGCCUGGAAGGAGGUGAUGGCAGUGGCAGUGGUGGUGGGGAUGGGGCUGGCAGCCUCCCGUUUGAGGUGGACCCUGAGAGCGGAGUGAUCCGCAUCCGUGAGCGCUUGGACUAUGAGGUGCGACAGGAGUACUCACUGACAGUCCAGGCCAUGGACCGAGGGGUGCCGGCGCUGAGCGGCCGGGCCGAGGCCCUCAUCCGCCUGCUCGAUGUCAAUGACAACGAGCCCAGGGUGAAGUUCCGCUACUUCCCGGCCACGUCCCGGUUUGCCUCUGUGGAUGAGAAUGCGGCCCCUGGCACUGUGGUGGCCCUGCUGACGGUGAGCGAUGCCGACUCCCCCGCAGCCAACGGGAACAUCUCAGUGUCGAUCCUGGCGGGAAAUGAGCAGCGGCACUUUGAGGUGCACAGCAGUAAGGUACCCAACCUCAGCCUUAUAAAGGUAGCAGCUGCAUUGGACCGGGAACGCAUCCCAGCCUAUAACCUUACCGUGGCAGUGGCGGAUAACUAUGGGGCCCCACCGCCACCUCCAGGGUCUCCCACUUCUGGCUUUUCUCCUGACGGGGCCGUGGCAGCUCCCGUGAGCCGCUCCUCAGUAGCCAGCCUGGUGAUCUUUGUGAAUGACAUUAAUGACCACCCACCUGUCUUUGGGCAGUCAGUCUACAGGGUGAACAUCAGUGAGGAGGUACCCCUGGGCAGUUACGUGCGGGGCCUGAGUGCCACGGACCGUGACUCGGGCCUCAAUGCCAACCUCAAAUACAGCAUCGUCUCGGGCAAUGAGCUCGGCUGGUUUCGCAUCAGUGAGCACAGCGGGCUGGUCACCACAGCUGGCCCCGAGGGCAGCAGUGCCGGACAUGCUGCAGGCACAUCCAUCUCCAGCAGGCUGGACCGGGAGACUGCUUCUCAGGUGGUGCUUAACAUCAGUGCCCGUGACCAGGGCGUGCAGCCCAAGUUCUCCUAUGCACAGCUCGUGGUGACCAUCCUGGAUGUCAAUGACAACAAACCUCGCUUCAGUCAACCCGAGGGCUACCAGGUGUCCCUGGCUGAAAACUCCCCAUCAGGAACUGAGCUCCUUGUCCUGAGUGCUGCUGAUGGGGACCUGGGGGACAAUGGGACUGUCCGCUUCUCCCUGCAGGAAGCUGAACCAGCACUGGUAGCAGUUGGCCCCUCAUCUGUGACCCCUCGCCAGAUUUUUCGCUUGGAUCCUGUUUCUGGCAAACUCAGCACCAUCUCGCAGCUGGACCGGGAGGAGCAGUCUUACUUCUCUCUGCAGGUCUUGGCCACUGAUUUAGGCACUCCUCCCCUUUCUUCAAUAGCCCGAGUUAAUGUGACUGUCCUGGAUGUGAAUGACAAUAGCCCCGUGUUUUACCCCGUUCAAUAUUUUGCCCAUAUCCAAGAGAACGAACCAGCUGGAACAUACGUGACCACGGUGUCUGCCACAGAUCCUGAUCUGGGACCCAAUGGGACAGUCAGCUACAGUAUCUCAGCUGGAGAUAGCUCCAGGUUUCAGGUCCAUGGCCAGACAGGGGUCAUCACAACAAAAAUAGCCCUUGACAGGGAGGAAAAAACUGCUUACCAGCUGCAGAUCGUGGCCACUGACGGUGGCCAUCUUCAGUCGCAGAACCAAGCCAUUGUCACCAUCACUGUCUUGGACACCCAGGACAACCCACCUGUUUUCAGCCAGGGCAUGUACAGUUUUGUUGUCUUUGAAAAUGUUGCCCUGGGUUACCACGUAGGUACUGUUUUUGCUUCCACCAUGGACCUCAACACCAACAUCAGUUACCUUAUUACGACAGGUGACCAAAGGGGCAUGUUUGCCAUCAACAGAGCGACGGGGCAGAUCACCACAGCCAGUAUUAUUGACAGGGAGGAGCAAGCAUUUUACCAGCUGAAGGUGGUUGCUAGUGGUGGGGCGAUAACUGGCGAUGCUGUGGUCAAUAUAACUGUCAAAGAUUUAAAUGACAAUUCCCCACACUUCAUUCAUGCUGUGGAAAGUGUAAAUGUGGUUGAGAACUGGAAAGCUGGGCAUACCAUAUUCCAGGCCAAAGCUCUUGAUCCUGAUGAAGGUGUUAACGGCGUGGUCCUUUACAGCCUUAAGCAAAACCCAAAGGGCUUGUUUUCAAUCAAUGAACAAACUGGUGCCAUAAGCUUAACAGGGCCACUUGACAUAAAUGCUGGGUCUUACCAAGUUGAAAUCCUGGCCUCGGAUAUGGGGGUGCCGCAGCUGUCCUCUAACUUUAUCCUGACUGUCUCUGUCCAUGAUGUAAAUGAUAACCCGCCUGUGUUUGACCAGCUUUCCUAUGAAAUUACCAUUUUGGAGUCAGAGCCUGUGAAUUCCAGGUUCUUUAAGGUACAGGCUUCCGACAAAGACUCGGGAGUGAACGGUGAAAUAGCUUACAGUAUAAUUGAAGGAAAUGCUGGGGAUGCCUUUGGCAUAUUCCCAGAUGGUCAGCUGUAUAUAAAAAGUGAACUGGACCGUGAACUUCAGGAAAGAUAUAUUUUACUGGUUGUUGCCUCUGAUAGAGCAGUAGAACCACUCAAUGCUACUGUGAAUGUUACUGUGAUUCUGGAGGAUGUAAAUGAUAACAGGCCCCUGUUCAACAGUACUAACUAUGUGUUUUAUUUUGAAGAGGAGCAGAGAGGUGGAUCAUAUGUAGGUAAAAUAAAUGCUGUAGAUAAAGACUUCGGGCCAAAUGGUGAGGUCAGGUAUUCCUUUGAGCAUUUGCAGCCAGAUUUUGAGCUGAACACAGUAACUGGGGAAAUUAGAAGCACUCAUCAGUUUGACAGAGAAGCUCUUAUGAGACAGAGGGGAGCUGCAGUAUUUAGUCUUACAGUAAUAGCCACAGAUCAGGGGUUGCCAAAGCCUCUAAAGGAUCAGGCAACUGUACAGAUCUACAUGAAAGACAUCAAUGAUAAUGCCCCCAAAUUUUUGAAAGAUCUCUACCAAGCUACUAUAUCAGAAUUGGCAGCAAAUCUGACACAGGUGCUGAGAGUUUCUGCCUCAGAUGUUGAUGAAGGGGUUAAUGGAUUGAUUCACUACUCUGUAAUCAAGGGAAAUGAAGAAAAUCAGUUUGCAAUAGAUAGUAGCACAGGCCAAGUGACCUUAGUAGGCAAACUAGAUCAUGAGGCUACUGCGUCAUAUUCCCUUGUCAUCCAAGCAGUAGACUCUGGAGAGGUUUCCCUGAGUUCAACUUGCAUGUUGAGCAUUGAUGUAUUGGAUGAAAAUGACAACAGUCCUUCCUUCCCUAAAUCAACCUUGUUAGUGGAUGUCUUGGAAAAUAUGAGGGUUGGUGAACUUGUGUCAUCUGUCACUGCCACUGAUUCUGAUUCAGGUGACAAUGCUGACCUGCACUAUAGUAUUACGGGGACAAACAACCACGGGACCUUUAGCAUCAGUCCCAACACCGGUAGUAUUUUUCUUGCAAAGAAACUGGACUUUGAGACUCAAUCUCUGUAUAAGCUAAAUAUAACAGCGAAAGACCAAGGAAGGCCACCGCGGUCAUCUACUAUGUCUGUGGUAAUACAUGUUAGAGAUUUCAAUGAUAAUCCUCCUAAUUUUCCUCCAGGAGACAUCUUUAAAUCGAUUGUUGAGAAUGUUCCUGUUGGUAGCUCUGUCAUUUCUGUGACUGCCCAUGAUCCGGAUGCGGAUAUUAACGGGCAGCUGACGUAUGCAAUCAUCCAGCAGAUGCCAAGGGGUAAUCACUUCCGCAUAGAUGAAGUGAAAGGGACAAUAUUUACCAAUGCUGAAAUAGAUCGGGAGUUUGCUAAUCUCUUUGAGUUAACAGUCAAAGCCAGUGAUCAGGCCGUUCCUGUGGAGACCAGGCGAUUCGCUCUGAAGAACGUGACCAUUUUGGUGACGGAUCAAAAUGACAAUGUUCCCGUGUUCGUAUCACAAAAUGCCCUUGCAGCCGACCCCUCGGUUGUGAUCGGCUCCAUCCUAACGACAAUUAUUGCUGCGGAUCCUGACGAGGGUGCCAAUGGAGAAGUGGAAUAUGAAAUAGUUAAUGGAGAUACUGAGACUUUCAUUGUGGAUCGCUACAGCGGAGAUUUAAGAGUAGCGUCAGCUUUGGUGCCUUCUCAGCUCAUAUACAAUCUCAUAGUUUCUGCCACGGAUCUUGGCCCUGAAAGGAGAAAAUCCACCACUGAAAUGACUAUAAUUCUGCAGGGGGUUGACGGGCCUGUUUUCACUCAGCCAAAAUACAUAACCAUCUUAAAAGAAGGUGAGCCCAUUGGGACAAAUGUGAUAUCUAUCGAAGCGGCGAGUCCGCGGGGCUCCGAAGCUCAGGUGGAAUAUUACAUCGUCUCCGUUCGAUGCGAAGAUAAGAGUCUUGGGCGCCUCUUCACCAUCGGGCGCCAUACUGGGGUCAUCCAGACCGCUGCCAUUUUGGACAGGGAGCAAGGAGCGCGUCUCUACUUGGUGGAUGUUUAUGCCAUUGAAAAGUCGUCGGUUUUGCCCCGCACGCAACGAGCAGAGGUAAAGGCUUAUUCAGUAAUUUUUCCCCUGUCUUUCCACUCCUGUGUAAUUCCAGAAUUAUGAUUGAACUUCUUUCGCUGCAGUCAUCAUGUCGGUAUUGGCCAUGAGAACUGGCUGGUAGAUAAUUGAACAGCUUGUCUAGUGUCUCCAGUCAUGGAAGUUCUUGCAAUCCCUGCCUGGCUAAGACCCUGAGAUGAUAGCUUUCCUCACACACUUCCAAUUUAGGUUGCUUUUCUACCUAACUCACUGAUGAGUGUGAAAAUGGUCUUGUUUCUGUUUCUGGAUGUGACAGCUGGUAAAAGCAUAACGUUUUACUUGGCAGCUUUCCUUAUCACAAAGCCAUUUGCCUUGACUGAAGGGUCUUUAAAUGUUCUCUACCUGACUAGCUUGAAAAGCAAAGGGUGGAAAACAGGUGUCAUG